AUGGAAGGCAUCAACUUUUAUAAUGAUAAAUUGGAUUUGAAUAAAAUAGUAAACAGCGAGGAGUACAAGAAUUCGGAUGAAUCACUGAUGGUUUGCGAUGUAACGGAAAUAUUAAAAAAAUAUAAUCAAUGGGUCCAAUUUAUACCAAGUGUAAAACCAUUCUAUGCUGUAAAGUGUAAUGAUAAUAUAAUGGUAUUAAAAGUUUUAAAUUCACUUGGGGUUAAUUUUGAUUGUGCAUCAAAAAAUGAGAUAGAGAAAGUUUUGAGUAUUGAUGUUGCACCUGAACGCAUUAUUUUUGCUCAUCCAGCUAAAUUAUUGGGUCACAUAAAUUAUGCUAAAUUGAAUGGUGUAAAAAUAAUGACAUUUGAUACAGAUUUUGAAUUGUUCAAAAUUAAAGAACAUUAUCCAGACGCCGAUCUUUUAUUAAGAAUUCGUUGUGAAGCAAAAUUGGCAUUAUGGCCACUGGGUGCGAAAUUUGGAUGUGAACCAAUAGUGAUAGCACCAAAACUUUUAGAACUGGGGAAAAAAUUAAAUUUAAAUAUUAAAGGAAUAUCAUUUCAUGUUGGUUCCAAUUGUUUGGAUCAUGAAGCAUACAAUGAAGCAAUAUACAGAGCACGUCAACUAUUUGAUAUUGGAAAGGAAUUGGGAUUAACAAAUAUGGAUUUACUAGAUAUUGGUGGUGGUUUUCCUGGUUCUAAUGAUAGUGGAUUCAAACAAAUUAGUGACGUAGUAAAUAUGGCAUUAAAUAAAUAUUUUUCUGAUAUAAAUGUGCAUUUCAUUGCUGAGCCAGGACGUUUUUUUGUGACAACAGCAUUUCAAUUAUUAUGUAAAAUACAUUCAAAACGUGAAAUCAGAAUUAACAACAAUAUUGAAAAGAUAAUGUACUAUAUAAACGAUGGAUUUUAUUGUUCAUUAAAUGUUGUUAAAUAUGACAAAUACAAACCAAUACCGAAAAUUAUUAAAUAUCAAUCGAAUACAAAUUGUGUUAUUGAUGAAACUAAUUUAGAUAAGGAAAUGUUGAAGGAAACGACAGCCACUACAUUUGUAAAACUAUAUAAAAGUUGUAUAUGGGGUCCUACUCUUGAUUCUUUGGAUAUUGUUUAUGACGAUAUUAAUUUACCAUAUUUAUCUAUUAAUGACUCGUUAAUAUUUGAUAAUAUGGGUGCAUAUUCAGUAAUAUCCCUUAGUGGGUUUAAUGGUUUUAUGCCGCCAAAAUUCAAAUAUUAUCUCAAUCGUCAGUAUAAUGUUAAAUAUGUUACUGAAAUAGAAGGUAUGUGA